AUGCCGGCAACCAACCAGGGCUGGCCCGAGUCCUUCGGGUUCGGGAUAAGCGGCUCGGGGCCGUGCUACAUCCUGUGGGUGCAGGAGGGCAGCAGCGCGGCGCUGGCGGGGCUGCGCCCGGGGGACGAGGUGCUGGAGCUGGAGGGGCAGCCCGUGUCCCGCCUGGGCCGAGAGGCGCUGCAGGGGCUGGCCCGGCGCUGCGGCAGCGUGCCCCCCAGCAUCGGCGUGGUGUCCCGGCUGCAGCGCGCCAGCAUCCCCCCGGGGCCCCGCGGCUGCUUCGGCUUCGAGCUGGCCAGCGAGAGCCCCCCGAGGGUGGCCAGCGUGAGCCCCGCGUCCCCCGCCGCGGCCUGCGGGCUGGAGCCCGGGGAUCUCCUGCUGGAGGUGGACGGGACCCCGGUGGCGAUGCCCGAGGCGGCGGCCGCGCUCGUGGGGUCGUGCCGCGGGCGGUCCCUGCGGCUGGCGCUGCUGCGGCCGCAGCGUGGGGACAGCGCCGGGGACACGGCCGGGGACAAUGCCGGGGACAUCGUGGGGGACAGCGCCGGGGACAGCGCCGGGGACACUGCUGGGGACAGCGCCGGGGAUAUCACGGGGGACACCGCCCUGGACAGCGCCGGGGACCCCGGGCCCUGCGCCGGCCCCGCCCGCCGGGACAGGAGGCAGAAGGCGCAGGAGUUCAGCAGGAAGGUGGAUGCCGUCCUCGGGGAGCAGCCGGAGCUGAAGGAGAAGCUGUUCGCGGUGCUGAAGCAGUACGCGGCCGAGAGGAGGGUGGAGCGCCUGGCGCACGCCCUGAGCCUGCUGCUCACCCACGAGUCCCACCAGCCCCUCAUCGACAGCAUCAGGAUUUUCAUCCCCAAGAAGCACCGGCAGCGCUUUGACGAGGUGGUGUCGCAGAGCCUCAUCAGCAAGCUGUGCCGCUCCCGGAGCGAGCACGGCAACCGCCUGCGCCGCAGCCGCAGCGAGGACCAGCAGGAGCGGCUGCUCGUGUCCACCCGCGCCAGCUCCGUGCCCCGCAGCCACGAGGAGCUCAGCAAGAGCCUCCGCAAAACCACCUCGCUCGUCAGCAGCAGCGUGGCCUCGGGGGCUGCCCGCAGGACCGUGCGAGUUUAUAAAGGCAACAGGAGCUUUGGCUUCACACUCCGCGGCCAUGCCCCGGUGUGGAUCGAGUCUGUCCUGCCAGGGAGCCCGGCGGAGAAGGCUGCCCUCAAAGCUGGAGACAGGAUCCUGUUCCUCAACGGCCUGGACAUGAGGAACUGCUCCCAUGACAAGGUGGUGUCGAUGCUGCAGGGCAGCGGGGCCAUGCCCACCUUGGUGGUGGAAGAGGGCAUCGUCAGCUUCUCCAACGACUCUGACUCUGCUGAGUCCCCGAGCAGCUCCUCGGCCCUCACCUCCCUGCAGUGGGUGGCAGAGAUUCUCCCCUCUAGCAUCAAGAUCCAGGGAAGGACGUUCACGCAGCAGCUGGAGCACCUGCUGACCCCCCCCGAGCGUUUCACCGUCUGCAAGGCCCUGGAGGGCUUCUUCCACCACCGGACCAUUGACACUCUCAUUGUGGAUGUGUACCCGGUGCUGGACACCCCAGCCAAGCAAGUCCUCUGGCAGUUUAUCUACCAGCUGCUGAGCUACGAGGAGCAGGAGCACUGCCAGCAAAAGCUUGACAGGUUUCUGGGGUGCAAGGCCUUGGCAGGUGAGAGGCAGUGCCCAGAUGUUUCCUGUGCAGCCGAGGCAGAGGCUGAGGAUCGGUACCGCAGCUCCAUCCGAGGGGCCUCCCUGUGCCGGGGCAGCCUCAGGACCCCCCGCCCCGAGGAGGGGGCAGCAGGUGGGUGUGACACCGUGGAGGUCCCCGUUCGCCUGAUCCCCGGAGAGAGACAGGCUGGAGAUGGCACGUCCCUCCCGGAGACACCCAACCCCAAAAUGAUGUCAGCUGUGUACGCGGAGCUGGAGAACCGCCUGAUCGGGGGCUUUGCCGGCAAGGUGGGCAACGCUGCCCUGCACAGGACGUCCCCCCCUGCCCCCGAGCUGCCACACGCUGCAGCUCCCCGGGCUCUGUCUGCAGGUGGCCGCAAGCCGGGGCUGGCGUGGCCGAGCGAGCUGGCGAGCCAGCCCUGCUACUACCGGCUGCACAGCAGCGUGGCCUCGCCCUGCAGCACCGAGUCCAACCCCUACGUGAGCCUGGACAGCAGCCCGGCCCCGUCGCCCAAGCGCCGGCCGUGCUCGCCGCUGUCGCGACGGAAGAAGCUGUUCACCUUCUCGCGGCCCCCGCGCAGCCGCGACACCGACCGCUUCCUGGACGCGCUCAGCGAGCAGCUGGGGCACCGCGUCACCAUCGUGGAUGAGUUCCUCACCCCUGAGAAUGACUACGAGGAGAUGAGUUUCCAGGAUGACCAGGGCAGCUACGUCACCAACGAUGUCAGCAGCAGCGAGUACAUCAGCAGCAGCGACGAGGGCAGCUCCCUGACCUACUCCACGCUCUCGGACCACAUCCCGCCCCCUCCGCUCAGCCCCCCGCCCCCGCCGCCCCCGCUGCAGUUCCACGACCCCCAGGGCGGCCCCGCCAAGGCCGAGGCCCCCAAGGGCAGCGUGGCCCCGGGCCCCAAGUCCCUGGGGAGCCUCCUGCACCCCGUGCCGCCGCCGCCCCCGCCGCCCCCGCCGCCCCCCGUGCCCUGCGCCCCCGCCCUGCACCGCGGGCUGCUGCACCGCCGCAGCGACUCCAACCACAUGAGCGUCAAGAGGCUGCGCUGGGAGCAGGUGGAGAACUCGGAGGGCACCAUCUGGGGACAGCUCGGGGAAGACUCGGACUACGACAAGCUCAGUGAUAUGGUCAAAUACCUCGACCUGGAGCUGCACUUUGGCACUCAGAAGCCCACGAAGCCAACUCUCAUGCCUGAAAACUUUAAAAAGAAAGACGUGGUUGAAAUUUUGUCCCACAAAAAGGCCUACAACACAUCCAUCCUGAUCGCCCACCUGAAGCUGUCGCACGUGGAGCUGCGGCAGAUCCUGAUGACCAUGGAGACGGAUCGCCUGGAGCCCUCCCACAUCAAGCAGCUGCUGCUCUACGCCCCGGACGGGGAGGAGGUGCAGCGCUUCCAGAGCUACAGGGAGAGCCCCGGCAAGCUCAGCGAGCCCGACCAGUUCGUGCUGCAGAUGCUGUCGGUGCCCGAGUACAAGAUCCGCCUGCGCAGCCUCCACUUCAAGACCACCCUGCAGGAGAAGACCGAGGAGAUCAAAGCCAGCUAUGAGUGCAUUUGCAAGGCCUCCCUGGAGCUGAAAAGCAGCAAGAAGCUGGCAAAGAUCCUGGAGUUCGUGCUGGCCAUGGGGAACUACCUGAACAACGGGCAGCCCAAGACCAGCAAAACCACAGGCUUUAAAAUCAACUUCCUCACCGAGCUGAACACGACCAAGACUGUGGAUGGGAAAUCCACCUUCCUGCACAUCCUUGCCAAAUCCCUCAGCCAACACUUCCCAGAGCUCCUGGGCUUUGCCAAGGACCUUCCCACGGUGCCGCUCGCUGCCAAAGUGAACCAGAGGACCCUGACAGCCGACCUGAAGGACCUGCACAGCACGGUGAGUGACAUCCAGAAGGCGUGUCACAGCAUGCCGGCCACCGCCGAGGACAGGUUUGCCAUUGUCAUGACCACCUUCCUGGAGAGUGCCCAGCCUGCCAUGCGCUCCCUGGACGACCUGCAGCACAAGGCCAUGGAGGAGUUCAGCAAGGUGCUGUCCUUCUUCGGGGAGGACUCAAAAAUGACAACUUCCGAAGCCUUCUUUGGCAUUUUUGCAGAAUUCAUGAGCAAGUUUGAGCGGGCUCUCAGUGACGUGCAGGUGGGCGAGAGCCAGCGCAGCCCCAGGAUGACCUCUCCCCUCGCCUGGUGA